AUGCCAGUAGCACAGUUUGGGGGGACCCGGCUUUUGGGCAUCUCCUGGACUUUAAGGAACAAGGCGCGCCUGCUUGGGGCGGGGGGCGGGGUUGGUGUGGCUUUGCUGGCAGAGAGCCGCUCGAGUGUCCCUGGAUCCCGGCCCCGGAUCCCGGCCCCACAGCCUCAGUCCACCCAAGCCAUGACAGCGCCGCAGCAGUGCCCGACUCGGUGCCCUGCUCCUUGGCCGCGACUCGCCGCGCUGAGCGCCCCUAGGGCCGGCCGCCUCCAGGACCUACCUCUCCAGUUCUCGCUGCUGCUGCUGCUUCUCCGAGCCGCUACUCCAGCCGUGGCCGCCGCCGCCGCCGUCCCCGCAGGAGCCUCCGGCAGCCACCCCAACACUAGCCCCCGCAUCACCGCAGCCUGGAAAGGCACCCUCGUCUCUGCCAUGGAUGUAUCCUGUCUGAACAGGAUCCAGGGAGAAACUGCCCUUCUCUGCACAGAUGCAGGUUUUGGAAAGGAGACUCGGUCUGUGGAUUGGAUGUUUGAGAAUCAGUUCCUACUCAGGAUCCAGCCAGGGCAAAGUAAGCCAGACUGGAUCAAUGCCCAGGAGAUGUACAAACAGAGGCUGUUUGCACCUAAUGUGAGUUGUCUGGAGAUUGUGGAUUUGACCCCUGAAGACAAUGGAGUGUAUAAAGUGGAAAUCAAGUCAGUCUUCGGAGAGCUAAAAUCUUGGAGCUUCAACUUAACUGUGUCUGGCAAUGGGACUACCACAUCCAGCACAAAUCCACAGGGUCACUGGGGCCUGCUUGGCAUCCCUGGCAUCUUAGUGUUUGGAGCCCUUUGUCUAUUCGUCUGUAAAAAGGUAAGAUUUGUCCUUGGAAAUGUCUCGGUAACCUGAAGAAAGAGCAAGGAUGGGUGUGCUGAGCCCA